CUGGAAAGAAAGAAACACUACUCUUCUGGUGAUUUGCUAUGAGACAGCUUGGGUCGUUUGGAAGAAAAGUUGAAUUUAUCAGAGAUGUCCACUACGGUGUCCCCAAAAGUCCCCUCCGCCAGCUCCUCAGCGGACCAGCGGACAGUCGUCGUGGGUGCAUUUUGUUGUCUGGUGUUUUUCUUUAUGAUCGUGGUGCUGCUGUUGAUCCUGUACCGGAAGGUUCCUCUCUGCUGCAAAAUGAGGGUUUAUCAGGAAUCUCGUACUGACAUGGAAUCUCCUCCUCAGUACUACAACAGCAGACAGACUCUCGUAGCGUCAUCUGAUGCUGAGCAAACACAUGACACCGGUCUUGAUAACGUGAAUGCACGGUCGGGCUCGUUGUUCCUCAUUGGUGUCCCGAGCAGCUACUACCUUUCCUCACUGGAGCCUCCUCUUCCUCGUCUGCCCUCGUACGAGAGCGUCCGCAAGAAAGACCGACAGCGGCAGAUCCACAUGAUGAUAGCCGACCGCUUUGGCCUGAACGGACCUGUUGAGACAGAGCCGCCUCCCACAUAUGAGGAGAGCAUUCGUGAGUCCGUCCAGUCCAUUGACGUCCCGUUUGACAUCCUGGCACCCGAGGAGGAGCCGCCACACACACCGGUUACAGAUUUACCUGCAUAUGAAGAUCUACCUCAAAUCACAGACUCACAAGAUCCCAAUAACACUGUUAACUAAAGCGCAAGAAUGCAAACUGUCCAUAGCAGGAAAUCAACAGCUGUUGAGCUGUGACUACCCUGACGAGCAGCCGACGUGUGCGUGAAUCCGCUGUGCUUGCAAAAGACACCAAAAUAGGGUAGGACUUGACCUAUGCAAUAACUUGCACUAGCACAAUACGAGAGGAGAAGGAUGUUGCAUCACUACUGGAAAAAGGGAAGAGAAGAACAAGAAUAUGCAAGAGUUUAAGUUCUGUCUCUGUUAAAAAUGACAUGAAACUGCUACUAUAUAGAAUUAUAC